AUGUCCUUGAGUCAUCCAUCAGGACAGGUAGAAGGUGUUCCGAGCCGUAAAACUUUUUCAACACCUCUAAAUCGGAAUAUUUUAAAGAAAAAAAUGGCUUUAGUUCUGCGUAAUAUGCUGCGAGGAGUAGCCAGGAGGGUUCAAGUUCGUAGUUAUGCUGAUGCACCUAAAGAAGGAGAAAUGGCUCUUACGUUUGCAGCUGGUAAUAAGGUAUUCUUUGACAAACAAAUUGUAAAACAAAUUGAUGUACCAUCAUUUAGUGGAGCUUUUGGUAUCCUGCCUAAACACGUCCCUACUUUAGCUGUCCUCAGGCCUGGCGUGGUUACAGUGAUUGAAAAUGACGGCAAACAAAGCAAGAUUUUUGUUUCAUCUGGCACCAUCACUGUAAAUGAUGAUUCCUCAGUUCAGGUACUUGCUGAAGAGGCGCACCCGCUAGAGAGCCUGGACCGCGGCGCGGCGCAGGAGGCACUCAGCAAGGCGCAGUCAGAACUCAACUCUGCUGCCAAUGAACAGGCUAAGGCUGAGGCUGCUAUCGCUGUGGAGGUAGCUGAAGAAAUUGUGAAAGCUGCAUCGGCG